CACUGGAGCCCGUAUCUAUCCUAAACAAAACUGAUAAUAUGGAAAUAUGUGACAAAUUUAACGAUAAAGAAGACAUCGAUUGAGCAAAGUGAUCAAUUGAAAGGACAUUGUCAACGUUAUCACAAGGGUUAUGAAUGUAAGAUUAGUGGGGCAAAAUAAUCAUGUUUUAUGUUUUUAUCCUUUAUCAUUACAGAGUUUAUUGCUGUUGAUACCAGUGCAACUGCCAUUUUCUGUAAGGACAUAACAAUCAUUCAUGGGAACAAGAUAAAGAGCAGUGAUGGCGUGUUUGAUUCAUGCGGAUUGGCCAGUUCAAUAUAAUGAUGAAGACCCUGAAAAUGGUAACGAGGCUGAAUAUAAAGCUGAUGGUCUCAAGAACCUUAUUGUGAAAGAAAGUAAAAGUGCUAAACAGAAUGUCGUCGUAUGUUUCGUGAUUAAUCUCAUUGUACAAACGCAUUUGUCCAUGGUUGACAUUGCAAUCACUGACACUGAUUUGCUAGAGACAUUGGACGUUGACACAAGCGAAGCCAACAGUGCAAACAACAUCUUCAAAAGUUUAACAAACGUCUAUGCACCAUUAGCCCUGUUUCUGAUGUCAAAAUCAAGUUAUAGGACCACAGUAGCCGUCGGAUCGCUUUUGAUAUGUGUAGCAUUUGCAAAUAUAUCUUUCUUGAAUAAAGGACCUGAGGGCACUAUUAGCUGGUAUUGGCAAGUGUGGUUGUGUGGGCCAGUAGCUUUAGGUGUGAGCUGCCUCAAACUCGGUGCAAUGAUUCCAGUCCUGGAAUAUUUCAAACGUGACAGAAUGAAAGCCUUAGUUAUUACUAGGAUAGGUACCGUCCUUGGUGCUUCAGCGACAAUUGGUAUAAAGUUUGCAGACAGCCUUAGCUGGAGAACAUUGUUUAGGAUAAAUGCUGGUCUUUGUGUACCAUGUUUAGCAAUUGCCUUCAUUCUUAAGGAUAUAGUUAUAACGGAGAAAAUGAAAAAGGAAAAUGACAGGAAUGAAAAAACAAAUGAAAACAAGGAAGAGGAUGAGGAUAAAAAAGGGUGUAGUGGCAUUAUUAAGGAAUUUCUAAAAAAUACAUUUCGCAUUCCAGUACUCAAAGAUAAAACAUUUUGGAUCACGGUUGUUGUGUUUUUCUUUUUUAGUUUCGGAACAUCGCUACCGACAUUUAGUUUGCCAGAAAUAUCAAGUCAAAUGCAGGAACAAUUGGCACCGCCUGUAGAUUCAUUCUAUGAAGUUUUAUCAGCAAAUGUUGGCACCUUACUAGGGCUUAUCCUAACAUAUCUUCUAAAAUCACUUCCAUGUGUAGAAAGUUAUAGGAAUAGAAAGAGGAAUAUGGGUUUUGUGUUCAGCAUCAUCACAUUGUCUGGUUAUAUCAUGGCUAUCCUGUCUAUAGUAACACAGGAAAACUUUGUUUAUUACAUUAUCUACAUACUAGUCCUUACGAUUUUCGAAGUUCUGACAGAAAACUUCCGAGAUGAAUCAAUGCCGCCAGCCUUUGGACGCUUUAACAUUAGAUUAACACAAGGAUUUCUUCAAAUGAGUGUAGGCCUAGGUGGUUUAUCUGCUUCAGCUUUUCAAAACGGUAUCGAUAAAGCUGACAAUGACGGAGGGUGGAAACUGAACUUUAGAUUAGGUGGAGGAUUUCUGCUUAUUAGUGGAUCUAUAACAGGAGUUGUAUUAGCGUUUGAUUUUAUAUCAAAGAGAACAUUUCUCAGGCAUUCAUGUUUUGUAAAUAUAUUGACAGAUGGAACUAUUACUAAACGAAAACCCGCAGCAGCAAAAACGCAAAGCAAAUGCUGCACAUCUUUGUGUUGUAUAAAAUAUCAGACAAUAACAGAAAAAGAAGACGAAAAACCAGCCGAAUGCACUGAUUGUUCUGAUGGCUGUACCGCCUUUAAUUGCCCUCGAUGUUUGACACUGUCGUGCUGCUUGAAGAAGCGACCAAGCGAUCGAAAGGAAGCGCAGUCAUGUGAUUUACCUUGUACUUGUUGCAAGGGAUUUUCACUGUCUUGUUUCUCAAUUUGUUGCCUGCCAAAGAAACGACAGAACAUAAAUAAGGAAGCAAAACAAAGAAAAUGUGAUUUCAAUUGUUGUAAGACGUUUUCACCUACAUGUUUUCCAAAAUGUUUACCAAUAUCAUGCAUAUCCAAGAAACGUUCUAAAUCUGAAAAGGAUGAAAAGGGCAAAACAAAAAUUGUAUGCAAGGGCUGUUCUCUUCCUAGUUUUCGAAACUGUUUUAAGCUGCCAUGCUCCUCAAAGAAACGACUAAAAUCUCAAAGUGACGAUAGUCAACAAACAUCAAGAAAAGAGCCGUUAUGUUCAUCUAAAUGUUUCCCAAUGCCAUGUCUGGCUAGAAAAGAAUCUUAUUCUAAACAAGAAGAAGAGGUGAGAAAUUCGACUGAAAAUGAAGGAUGUUCUACUGGAUUUCCUAAAUGUUUGAAGUUCCCAUGUUCAUCAAAGAAGCAACCAAUGUCUCAAAAUAAACUAAAGCAACAUAGGGAAAGAAAAGAACUGUCAUGCACCCCAAAAUGUUGCUCAAUCCCAUUUGCAGUUAGAAAAAGAUCUUAUUCCGAUGUAGAUGAAGGGGCGAGAAAUUCAACUGAACAGGAAUACAAAGGGUGUACUCCUCCCAGUUUCCCGAAAUGUUUCUCAUGCCCACCUCAGAAACGACAGAAAUCUGAAGAUGACACAAAAGUUAAUGAAUCAAGAAAAGAAUUAAAAUCUGUAAGCGGAACUGAAACGAAACGUCACAAGAGAAUAUUUCCCCCAUCAUGUUGUCUCAAUUUCCAAGUACCCGCAUGUCUGCCGUCGAAAAAGUCUAGAUCAGUUCUGAGUCAGUCAAUAGAAUCUGAUAUCAAACCUGAACAGAAUGAUCAAAACGUUCCUGAUCCUGUCAAUGACGAAUAUAAACAAAGCAAAUCUAAACGCAAAGGAUUCACCUUUUCAAGCUGUUUUAAAUUCCCAACUAAGCAAGAAUGUUUGUCGCCAAAACAAUCAAGUUCUGAAAUCAAUACUUCACUGCAAGAAGCUACUGAUCAAGAAAAUGCCAAAUGUGAUGAAUCUAACAAAGAAUCUGAACCAAAAAGAUCUAUCAGUAAACGAUUUACCUUUUCAAGUUGUCUUCAGUUUCGAAACAUACAGUGUUUGAUACCAAAGUCGAGUUCUGAAAUGUCAUCACCAGAUAACAAUACUACAUUUCAACAAUCUCCUUUACAGGACAAGAGUUCUACCUCUGAGUUGGUUCAAAAUGAAUCUAAAUAUAGAGGAUCAAUCCUUCCGAACUGUCUAAGAUUCCAAAAAUUACAAUGUUUAUCUCCGAAUAAAUCGGAUCAAGAAAUAUUGGCCAACAAUACUACUGCACACGAAGCUACAGACCAAAAUAAUACAAAAGUUACUGAACCUGAAAUAAAGUCUAAAAAGGAAAAGACACCAAACAAAGGAUUCAGCUUUUCACGGUGCUUAUCAUUUCCAAACAAGCAAUGCUUUUCUCAGGAAAGUCUAUCUUCGGAAAAUCAAACUGCACCUACAAAGAUUGAAGAUCACAUUGAAGAAAUCCCAAAACAAGAUAAAUCAGCAUGUAAAGGGAUGACGCUUUUACGCUGUGGAACAUUUCCAAAAGUAGAUGACAUGUCAUCAUAUGAAUCUAAUUUAGACAAUGUGACAUCAACAGACACAACAGCAUUGCAGAAUGACACUAAGCAAGACAAAAUGGCCAAAGAAGAAGAAGAGGAAAAUUUUGACAACUCAGAAAGCACAAGAGCACAUCAUAGUGAACACAAAUCUAGGUUCAACUGUUUUCAUGGCAUAUUAUGCCAAUCAGUUCCAAAUAAAGUUACACCUAUAUCAAGUCAAUAUGAUAACGUAUAUUCUUCAGCUAAAACACCAGGAACAUCUAACAUCGAAACCUCACAGAACUUAAAUAUUCCACCGAAUUCAAGCAAAAAUGAGGAUAAAUUCACUCAAUCAAAAACACCUGACCCAACAGCUACGAAUGAUUCAACGACCAAAGCUAUUUUGUUUAAUUGUUGUCCUCAGUUUCAAAAGAAGCACGUCUAUUUAGAUUUAUCAGAAACAUCUUCCUUGUCCAAACAGCAAUCUGAUCAGGAAAAUACAGAAACAGAUACUGAGACACUUUUAUCAAACAAUGACUUAUCUGAAACAAGGCCAGGAAAAGUGUCAACCCCAAAACCAAACUCGGUAACAGAGCAAGUAAAUAUGAAUACAUCUGAGGAUAAAGGUAACAAAAACAAAUCUGUGGGUGGAGAUGACAUGAAUGAACGUGAGAAAAAAGAUAAAGAUAACAACUCUGUGGGUGGAGAUGACAAGAAUGAACCUGAGAAAAAAGAUAAAGAUAAUAACUCUGUGGGUGGAGAUGAUAAGAAUAAACCUGAGAAACAAAACACCGAUAACAACUCUGUGGAUGGUGAUGACAAGAAGGAACCUGAGAAAAAAGAUAAAGAUAACAACUCUGUGGGUGGAGAUGACAAGAAUAAACCUGAGAAAACAAACACCGAUAACAACGAUGUGGGUGGGGAUGACAAGAAUGAAUCUGAGAAAAAAGAUAACAACUCUUUGGGUGGAGAUGACAAGAAUAAACCUGAGAAAACAAAAACCGAUAACAACUCUGUUGGUGGAGAUGACAAGAACAAACCUGAGAAAAAAGAUAACGGUAACAUCUCUGUGGGUGGAGAUGACAAGAACAAACCUGAGAAAAAAGAUAACGGUAAGAACUCUGUGGGUGGAGAUGACAAGAAUAACCCUGAGCAAUAUGGAGAUAACAAGGAUGUGGAUAAAGAUAAGAAAAAGAGACCUGAGAGUGAAGAUUCAGAAUUGCCGAGCGAUACCGAGCCAGGUAGCCUAACAACAGAUAGAUCCCAUAUUUCUGAAGAAAAACUAUCUGGUAUAGAUAAUAAUAAAAAAGCACCUAUUAAACCCAGAAGUACAGAAAACGGCAAGGGAGACGAAUUUGAUUUAUCAGACAACUCAUUCAUGUUUUGUCAAAGACUUGAAAGAGCAAAGGCUCCACCAACAAAGCCCAUUUACAGAAAUAAAAGACUUGAAUAUGAAGCAUCUCGAAUAAAAAGGAUGUCCCAAAAAAACGAGAAAACAAUGAAAUCACAAGAAGUUUCCCAAACGGGUGAUAAAAUAACAGACCAAAUUCCGACAAGUUUAUAUGGUAAAAAUUCUGAAGGAAUUGUAGAUGACAAUACGAAACAUCACGUGUCUGAAUAUGAAGCAUCUCGAAUAGAAAAGAUGUUCCAAAAAGACAAGGAAACAAUGAAAUCGCCAGAAGUUUCCAAAUCGGCUGAUAAAAUAACAGGCCAAAGUUCAAAAAGUUUACAUGAUAACAAUCCUGAAGGAGUUGCAGAUGACAAGUCUAAACGUAACGUAGUUGACGAGUCUAAAAAUAAAGUAUCUCGAAUAAAAAAGAUGCCCCAGAAAGACGAGGAAACAAUAAAAUCAGGAAAAGGGUCGAAAUCAGCUAACGAUACUUCAAAGGAGCAACAGGAUUUUGAAGAAGAAUUAUUUGCUGAUUGUCCAAGAUAUGAACGAGCACUUGCCCCUCCAUAUGAACACGUCUCUUUAAAUAGAAGGCUUCAAUAUGAAGCAAAACGGAUAAAAUCCAACAAUGAAUACUAAGAAAAUCUUAAAUUGUCUUCAUAUUUGAUGACAAGUUUGGAUAUUCAAUAUUCUUAACGUAUACUCAAGCAGAUUAUCUAACACUGAUUAUGUGUAAUAACUAACUUAUCUUGACAAAAACCUUAUCAAAGACUUACUCUAUGUAUUCAAUUCAAUGUUCAACGUAUGCAAAACGUGACAUUUAAUAAGUCCAAAUUUAUAUCGAGACAGACAUUUGUUUUGGUUUCAAAACAGACAAGUGUAAUAUGCUAAAGACUAGUAUCGACUACCAUGUGACUAAAAUAAACACUGAAAUGUUUAUAUAACAGAACAAAACCAGAAGUUUUAAGUUAAUUGUAUCAAAUCUUUUACAUAUAUGUUUUUGCUGAAAUUUAUCUGUGUACUUAAACUUAUCUAAAACGUUGUAAAUAGAUUGUUUGAGUUUUCGUACUGGUUUUUAGUAUUCAAAGGGGUUGUUUCAACCUCACUCUAUUAUAAUUGAUUUUAUAUGUGAAUAUUUUCCGUCUUACUUGUGCACUCAUAUGUAAUAUACAUAUUUAUUAUAUACUUAUAAAUGAAAUAUUGAGAAGUAUUGAUGAAGCAAAAUGCGUUUUUUUUAUUUUCCGUAUUUUCAUUGAAAAAAAAAAAUUUUCACUGUAGUGAAAUAUACCUCGUUUUUCACUGGUGUCAUGCAGGACUACUUUCUUCUAAAAUCAGCUAAAGGGAAUACUUCCUAUUCAUAAGGCUAAAAAAAGAGCAAAAGUAUAUAAUAAACAGAAAAUUCAAUUUAUUUCUAUUUAUACAGGAUUUGUUUUCAUCUUGUGGUAUGAAAAUUUUCAUAUUUCACUCGUGUCAACUGCCACUCGUGAAAUAUUUAUUUUCAUACCACUCGAUGAAAAUAAAUUCUGUAUGCAUAAAAAACUGUAAUAUCCUCUAUAUAUUUAUAUAUUAUAUCUGGAAAAUAAAUAUUUAACCAGUU